AGUAAAAGUUCGCAGACACCUGCAGGAAUCUCCAGCUCUCUGUGACACCGUAUACAUCCGUGAAUUUGUCCUUUACUCUGUUGAAGCCCGGGGACAGUGACUUAAACAAAGAUGACCUGGACAGUCCACACCUGUCUUAUCACGCUCGCCAUCCUCUGUGUUUGGCAGGCUGAAGUUGCAGAAACAUGCAGCUGCUUAAGGAGACAUCCUCAGGAGCAAUUCUGCAGCGCAGACGUGGUUAUGAAGGCAACCAUAGAUGGAAAGCUCAGGGUUGGAAUAACAAUGCAUGGAAACUUCAGCGCAUUUGGGUACGUCAAACGGCUCAAGACGUUCAAAGGGACGUGCGCUCAAAUUGAUGAAAUCCAUACUGCUUCCUCCUCUGCAGGGUGUGGGGUGAGACUGAAAACUAACACGGAAUAUCUCCUCUCAGGCUCAGUGAGCGGGAUUAGGAUGAAUGUCUACCUCUGCGAUUGGGCCAUGCUGUGGGAUAAGUUGACUGACAGCCAGAGGGAGGGUGUGGUUUACAACUAUGAACAGGGCUGUGGUUGCAAGUUCACUUACUGCUCCACUGCGCCCUGUGCCGCCAGCAGCUCAGCGGAGUGCCUGUGGGGUGAUGAAGCAACAGAGAGGAAGCUCUUUGGAAAGUCAACCAAAGACUAUACUUGUACCAUGAAGAGUGACAAGUCUUGUGCCUGGUGCAAGAAUGGCGAAGAAAAUUGCCUUGACCAUAAAGAUGUUUAACUCAAUGCUACAGAGCAAUGAGAACAAUGAAUGCAAUGAAUAAAGUCAUCUCAGUGCAA